AUGGCCUUCGAAUUCAAUGCAGCCACGGGUAACACGAGUUUUCCUUUGAUCAAUCACGGACUCAAUGAAUUAUCAGAUGCUGUCUCCAACGAUUCAAUAUUCAAAGACUUUUACCUAAAAAACGGAUCUGGGUAUGACAGUUUUACCUGCGAGCCGUUCUUGACGUCAGGCAGCGUUCUCCAGGCAGAAUGGUUCAAAAAUACCGCGUACUUCCUCUACGGAAUUGUCUUCGUAGUCGCUUUGGUGGGAAAUGCCUUGGUGUGUUACGUCGUCUGGAGCAUUCCUCGAAUGAGAACGGUCACCAAUUACUUUAUUGUCAAUUUGGCGGUCAGUGAUAUCCUGAUGACGUUGUUUUGCGUACCCACUAGCUUCUUGAGCACCCUAAUUCUUCAAUAUUGGCCAUUUGGCGCGGAACUGUGUCCAAGUGUCAAUUACGCUCAGGCAGCAUCAGUGUUGGUCAGCGCUUAUACCCUUAUCGCUAUCAGCAUAGACCGUUACAUGGCGAUAAUGUGGCCCCUUAAAGUCCGGAUGAGUAAAAGUCAGGCGAAGCUAUCGAUUCUUGCGGUCUGGGUGGCGGCGUUGACGAUUUCAUCACCGAUCGCGAUGGUAUCCUGCCUAUUUCAACCCAAUCCAAGGUACACCAUGUGCAAUCGAUACGUUUGUCAGGAAAUAUGGCCGUCGGAUCACCAGCAGUAUUACUACUCAAUCGCACUGCUGAUUUUGCAAUAUCUUGUCCCGUUGGUCGUUUUGAUGUUCACUUACACGAGCAUUGGAAUCAGAGUAUGGGGCAAAAGGCCGCCAGGUGAGGCCGAAAACGCCAGAGAUCAAAGGAUGGCCAGGUCCAAACGCAAGGUCAUUUUUGUACUUUAUUUGUUUAUUAUUCGUUUGUAG